UCACGACCCGGCAUCCCGCCAUUGCCCUGUGAAUUCGUUCUCCCCGUUCUUGUAUUAUACUUCCCAGUUGGUCUGUCCCCAAUGGCGCCCCUUCUAGCACAGUAGCUCCUUGACCAUGCCGUCACACCUCACUCGCCUCGUCUUUCGCAGCAUCAUCGCCAACAGACCCGUCUUGUAUCGCGGCUGUGUCCACUCCCCGCCCAGCCCGCGGACCGCAGCCAGCUUCCGCAAUGGUUGGCCCACGUGCCAGCAGAGAGGCUUCCUCAACCUAUUCAAGCCCGCCCGCAAAAUCAAAGACCCAGAUGUGCCUCCCGGCCUGGGCACCCUGUUGGAUCUGGCACACAUGCAGAGUAUUGCUGCCCGGCCCCCUCCGCCUUCCGAUGUGGCCCAGGCCCUCAAUAUCUUUUUUACCAAGUACGACAAGAAGCCAGAGGACUUCCACCUCCGCGCCGCUAUGAACGCCUACAACUAUAUCCAAGCAACUCCAAAAUCUGAUGGACAGCCGUGGAUGUCUGCCCCGGAAUUACUGAAAAUACUCCGUAGUCUUCGAAGAAGGGCACCAGGAAGUGGAAAAGCUUCGUUAGCAUUUGCUAGACUUCUUCAUGAAGAAUUGAAUGCGAGGCAAAAAGCAGCCGAACCAGACCUCGCCAUCUAUCAGCUUUCAGAUCUGCCGGCUUUUCUAAAUAUCCUCUGUUUGAAUGGUGCGGCCUUAGAGGCCCGAGAACUCGCAGCGACGACACUUGUUGGUCCCAUCACCCCUGACACCCCCUUCCCCAUGGUUCGAGCCAUACUCGCAACUUGGACCUAUGUCCUAAAGGGAUUUUCACGCGAACAAAAUCAAGAAGGCCUUCUUCAGACUGUUGACAUCAUUCGCCGACUCUCGGUGCCCUUCACCCCGAACAUGCAACAACUUUUAGUAGCUUUCUUUGUACAGAAGGCAGACUUUGAACAGGCCAAACAUUGGUAUCUCCAACCCACUGCUACUCCCCAAGGUCUAAAGGAUAUUGAACCAAACGUACACACCCACGCACUUAUUCUGAAAGCUUGCGCUCUCGACGGAGACCCUUCAUUUGGUCAGCAAGUCGUAGCUUCCCUGUUGAAAGACCUACCUACCAAGGCAGCCUGGGACGCCAUCUUCCUGUGGUCCGCUGCCAUUGGCAAGGGGGUGGAUGAGGUCGAUCGAAUGAUGAACGUAAUGGUCCGUCGAAAUGAUGAAUGGCGCAGGGAAGAUCCGGCACGUCCUGUCGUGUGCCCUGAUAUCGAUACCAUCAACGCUCUGGUCGAGCUUUGCAUGUCGAGGAAGGAUCCUUACUCAGCGGAACGGUACAUUGCCCUUGGUGAAAAGCGCGGUAUCCUCCCCAAUGCAAAGACCUAUUGUAUGCAAAUAGCGUACCGGCUGUCCGCGAACGACAUUGAUGGAGCAAGGGCAGCUUAUUAUGGCCUUCAAGGGGAACAGUUGGACGACCAGAGCACAGAAGUCGUCAACAAGCUCAUACAGGCUAUGUGUGGGUCGAAACGACACCACUUUGACGAUGUAAUGGCAGUCGUUGAUGACUUGCACGAACGUAAAGCACAAUUUGUACCCCAGACCAUUGCCAUGCUCUGCACCUUGCAUCUGCAAAGGGGCGAAAGUGAUGACGCUGUGGAUCUCCUCCAAAUCCACACGUACCAUUACGCACCGGAACAACGUGCCAUUAUCUCAGGUAAACUGGCUGAGUUUAUCAUGAACCGCGACAACAGCACCGCCGAUGCCUGGGACACCUACCAGAUCCUCCGUCAGGUUUUCCAAGAGACACCUCGUCAUGUUCGUGUACGCCUCAUGAACGAAUUCUUUGCUCGCCGUCGCUCCGAUAUGGCAUGUCACAUAUUUUUCCACAUGCGAAAUCACGCCUCUCUAGACGUUAGACCCGACGGAGAUGCAUACGCCACCGUGUUCACAGGCUUUGCACGCAAUGCGGAUGCGGAGAGCCUCGAGCUCAUCCACAACCAGCUCAAACUUGACCUAAACGUGGAGCUAGAUACAAAGCUGAGGAACUCGUUGAUGCUUGCGUACGCAGCGACUGGCAACAAUCGACGUGCCCUGGAGUUCUGGGCCGAGAUUGUAGCUUCCAAGGAAGGUCCUACGUACAGAAGCAUAGCCAUUGCUUUCCGUUCGUGCGAGGGAAUGCCUUGGGGAGACCAGCAUGCAAAGCCGAUCUGGCGGAGACUGAAGGAGAUGGAUAUUGAUGUUGACAAGGAGAUUUGGACAGCAUAUCUAUGUGCUAUAGCUCGGAACCAACUGCAUGAUGAAGCAGUGCAAAUGCUGGAGACUGUAGAAGAAGAGUAUGGGUUUACUCCGGAUUUGUAUAUACUCAGCAAUUGGUUCAACACAACGACAAAUUCGGAGAGACAAAGGAAGGUCGAGGCAUGGAUUCGGCAGCGCUAUCCGGCUGUGUGGACAGAGAUGGAGGGGCUUGGCCACUACAAGACGAUGGACGGUUUUGGCUACAGACAGUUCCACAUCAACCGCGACUUAGAUCCAUAGCAACUCGCUACAGAGCAUCUUGGCCCCCAGCUCGUACCAUAAUCAUUUGUAUCAAAGAAAAACCCUUGGUGGUGUAAAAUAGUCAUAGUGGUUUCAUUUA